UCGAGCGAACAGCUUUUUAGCCUCACAGCUUGAAGGAAUCAGCAGAGACAAAACUGAAGAGUAUUUUAACGAGCAGGUUAGAAUAGAGAAGUUGACCAUGUCUGAACACGUCAGGCCGAGUUCAGUGAAGCCCAGAGAUUCGAGGAGCUCCGUCUCCUGCCAGGAGCUCACCGAGGAAUUCGACCACACCCUGCCAGAGAAGAGGGUGAUGUUUGACAACGACUGGAACUAUAUAGAAAAGUUUAUUGAGGACGAGCUCAGCUCCUCUUCUUGUUCGCUACUGACGCUUCCUCUUUCUCCACAAGUCACAGAAUCUCAUAAUUCUGAGUUCUGGAUGAGUUCCGGGAAUACGGAGGAUCCAGAGAACUCUGUCUAUGACAGCAUCACCCUAACCCCAGCAACGAAGAAGGAAGUGCUCAAAACCUGGGAGUUUGUAGAUGGCCUUCUUAGGGAGAGUUUAAGGAGUGACAGAGAUUCAGAGAACUCUGUCUCUAGUGAGAAGUUCAACGCAGAAAUUAACUCGACUUUGCAAGAGGAGUUUGAAAACAAAAACUGGACUAACGGGGACAAUAUGGAAGACCUUCUUAGGAAGAAUCAGCUCCUCCCUCCUCCAUUACUGACACCUUAUACUUCUCCUGUCUGGCUUGCUCCACCACAGUCCCACACUAACACUGUACUGACUCAGGGUGGAGUUCAAGAGCACAUGUUCAUGCUUCCACUUCCAACAUUUACCCAUCAUGCUCCUCUUCAUGCUCAUCCACCUUUCAUCCGUGCUCCACUAGAGGUCACCAGUAACACCAACGCUCCAUUCAGUCUGGGAGCACAACAUGAUCACGUGUUCAGGCCUCCACCUCCAAGAUUUACCCAUCAUGCUCCUCCUUUUCCUCUUGUACUGCCUGCCGUACAACAGAUGAUUAUCCGACCUCCUGCCCUGCCAGCAGGAGGCGCUGACAGUCAGGAACUGAAUCUGCACAGUUUAUCCAUAAGUUGUCUACCUCCAGAUGAAGGCAUCUGUUGUCUACCAAUAGGAUUUCUGAAUGAAGAAACGCUGUACAACGCUGUUCAUGCUCCUCUGAAUGUCAACACCUCAAAUAUGUUCACACACAGCAGUCUGUUGUUUGCCGACAACAGACACAACAGACGAGUUAGAGACCGGCGGGAUGAAGGCCGACCGUACGUUAAAAAGCCACCAAAUGCCUUCAUGCUUUUCCUGAAGGAGAUUAGACCAAAGGUCAUGUCUGAACUCAACACCAACAAAAGUGCUAUGGUGAAUACAGUUGUGGGAGAAAUGUGGAAAUCUUUGCCAGCCGAGGUGAAGGCCAGAUAUUUCGAGAAGGCCAGACUGGAACAAAAGCUCCACGAGCAGCAACACCCUGGUUGGUCCACGGGGCAAGAAGAGGAGGAGGGUGAAAAAUAAGACCUCAGAGCAGCAGCAGCAGGAACAACAGCAGUACAGUCUGUAAGACUGAUUUCUGUUCAUCCCUGCAUGUGUUCAUACAAUGAAGAUAUGAAAUAUAUUCAAAGUGAGUCACUUUGGAUAACAUGACUGUCAGUUCUGUGGAGUUUAAAUAAAUGCAUUUAAUUAAA